UCCUCCUCCUGCCCCCGCCCUCGAGGCGGUAGGACCGGACGGGGAGGGGAGCCGGGGAGGAGGGGUGGAGGAAAGGAGAGGAAGGGGCGCUCGCAGCGGGCGGUAUGAGGCGAUGUGCGUGAGGCGGCGGCGGCGCGGGCUGCUUGGGGCCAGGACUGAGGAGGCGGCGGCGCCGGCGUUGGGCGCGGGGUUCCACACGCUCGGACCCAGCCCGCCUCGGCAAAGCAGACUACAUUUCAAAAUGCUUCAAUUUUUCUGGAUGGACCCUAUGAUCAAAUGUAAUAUGCAUGCACCUUUUUAAAAAGCUCCACAUUUCAUCAGCAAAUAUUUUGCAGAAAUGAAUAUAAGGACAUUUCUGAAGAUCAUUUCAAAGUUUUCAGUUAUGUCUGUGAACUAAAGGAUUGUUUCUUUAAAAGAUACAUUUUAAAUACUGUUUUUAAAAAAACAUUUAAUAACAGCAGUAAUAAGAAGCUACAAAGAAAAAACUAAGGAUAUUUACGGAAGGAAACAUUCAAUAUGUACUUUCUGAAAUUAAAAGAGAGAGACAAGAACAGAUUUAAGAGAAAGCAAAUGAAGAUGCCUGCUAAGUAAAUUAGAUUUUUCUGUGAUAAAGACAAGUGAUUUUAAAUGCUUUCCAAGCACCUGGCUGUAUUCCUAAAGAAGUGGCUUUUUUUUUUUUUAAUCAAGGGACUCAUAUUUACGGGAAAGAGACUAGUUACUAAUAUAGCCCCUAUCUGAAGAACUUGUAAUCUUUGGUAUGUGUUACUUAAAAGGGAAAAUAAGCAAGAGGCUUUUAUCUAAAUCAAAAAGUGAGAGCUAACUUUUUUACUGCUAUAAUUUAAGAGCCUCUGGAUAGCAUUUAAAAUAAAUUGACAGCUAUUUCAAAAGAUUUAAAGAAAGGCAGAUGUCCGCAAACAACUCUCCUCCAUCGGCACAGAAGUCUCUCUCACCUGCAUCUCUUUCUGCUGUGCUUCCAACCCCUUCUCCAUGUUCAAGUCCCAAGACAGGACUCUCUGCCCGACUAUCCAAUGGAAGCUUCAGUACACAGUCGCUUACCAAUUCCAGGGGCUCAGUUCAUGCAAUAUCAUUUCUGUUGCAAAUUGGUCUUACAAGGGAGAAUGUUACCAUUGAGGCCCAGGAGUUGUCUUUAUCUGCUGUCAAGGAUCUAGUAUGCUCAAUAGUUUAUCAAAAGUUUCCAGAAUGUGGUUUCUUUGGCAUGUAUGACAAAAUUCUUCUCUUUCGCCAUGACCUGAAUUCAGAAAAUAUUUUGCAGCUUAUUACCUCAGCAGAAGAGAUACAUGAAGGAGAUCUUGUAGAAGUUGUUUUGUCAGCUUUGGCUACAGUAGAAGACUUCCAGAUCCGUCCACAUGCACUCUAUGUACAUUCUUAUAAAGCACCUACUUUUUGUGACUAUUGUGGUGAGAUGCUUUGGGGAUUGGUGCGCCAAGGAUUAAAGUGUGAAGGCUGUGGAUUAAACUACCAUAAACGAUGCGCCUUCAAGAUUCCAAAUAAUUGUAGUGGAGUAAGAAAGAGACGUUUGUCCAAUGUAUCUCUGCCAGGACCUGGUCUCUCUGUUCCAAGACCCAUACCAUCAGAAUGUGCAGUAUCUUCCAGUGAGGAGGCACAUGUUCACCAAGAACCAAGUAAGAGAAUUCCUUCCUGGAGUGGACGCCCAAUCUGGAUGGAGAAGAUGGUUAUGUGUAGAGUGAGAGUUCCACACACAUUUGCUGUGCAUUCUUACACUCGCCCCACAAUAUGCCAGUACUGUAAGCGACUACUCAAAGGACUUUUCCGCCAGGGAAUGCAGUGUAAAGAUUGCAAAUUUAAUUGUCAUAAGCGCUGUGCAUCAAAAGUACCUAGAGACUGUCUUGGGGAGGUGAUUUUCAAUGGAGAACCUUCCAGUCUGGGAACAGAUAUUGAUAUGCCAAUGGACAUUGACAGUAGUGACAUGAACAGUGAUGGUAGUCGUGGUUUGGAUGACUCAGAAGAACCAUCUCCACCAGAAGACAAAAUGUUCUUCUUAGAUCCCUCUGAUCUUGAUGUAGAAAGAGAUGAAGAAGCUGUCAAAACCAUCAGUCCAUCAACAAGCAAUAAUAUUCCACUAAUGAGAGUCGUACAGUCAAUCAAGCACACAAAGAGGAAAAGCAGUACAAUGGUGAGAGAAGGUUGGAUGGUGCACUACACCAGCAGAGAUAAUUUGAGAAAGAGACAUUAUUGGAGGCUUGACAGCAAAUUUCUUACACUGUUUCAAAAUGAAUCUGGAUCAAAAUAUUAUAAGGAAAUCCCACUUUCAGAAAUUCUCCGCGUGUCUCCACCACAAGAUCUCACUCAUAUUUCUCACGGCAGUAACCCACACUGUUUUGAGAUCAUCACUGAUACGAUGGUCUACUUUGUGGGUGAGAACAAUGGAGGCAGCUGUCAUAGUCCAGGCCUGGCUGCCACAGGAGUGGGGCUCGAUGUAGCCCAAAGCUGGGAAAAAGCCAUUCGUCAGGCUCUCAUGCCAGUUACCCCUCAAGCUAGCGUUUGUACUUCUCCAGGACAAGGAAAAGAUCAUAACGAGUUGUCUAUUAGCAUCUCUGUAUCUAACUGCCAGGUCCAGGAGAAUGUGGAUAUUAGCUCGGUAUACCAGAUCUUUGCUGAUGAGGUCCUAGGUUCAGGACAGUUUGGCAUUGUAUAUGGAGGAAAACAUAGAAAAACUGGACGAGAUGUGGCUAUUAAAGUGAUUGAUAAGAUGAGAUUCCCCACAAAACAAGAAAGUCAGCUUCGUAAUGAAGUGGCCAUUCUGCAGAAUUUGCACCAUCCUGGGAUUGUAAACCUGGAAUGUAUGUUUGAGACCCCAGAACGAGUCUUUGUAGUCAUGGAAAAGCUACACGGAGAUAUGCUAGAAAUGAUUCUUUCUAGUGAAAAAAGUAGACUUCCUGAGCGAAUUACUAAAUUCAUGGUCACACAGAUACUUGUUGCUUUGAGGAAUUUACAUUUUAAGAAUAUUGUGCACUGUGAUUUAAAACCAGAGAAUGUACUGCUAGCCUCAGCAGAACCAUUUCCUCAGGUGAAGCUGUGUGACUUUGGUUUUGCACGAAUCAUAGGUGAGAAGUCCUUCAGGAGAUCUGUGGUGGGAACCCCCGCAUACCUCGCACCUGAAGUUCUCCGGAGCAAAGGUUAUAAUCGUUCUCUGGAUAUGUGGUCAGUGGGAGUUAUUGUUUAUGUGAGCCUCAGUGGCACAUUUCCAUUUAAUGAAGAUGAAGAUAUAAAUGACCAAAUUCAAAAUGCUGCAUUUAUGUACCCACCCAAUCCAUGGAAAGAAAUUUCUGGUGAAGCAAUUGAUUUAAUAAACAACUUGCUUCAGGUGAAGAUGAGGAAACGUUAUAGUGUUGAUAAGUCCCUCAGUCACCCCUGGUUACAGGAUUAUCAAACUUGGCUUGACCUUAGAGAAUUUGAAACACGAAUUGGAGAACGUUAUAUCACACAUGAAAGUGAUGAUGCGCGCUGGGAAGUGCAUGCAAAUGAGCACAACCUUGUGUACCCAAAGCAUUUCAUUAUGGCUCCCAAUCCUGACGAUAUGGAAGAAGAUCCUUAAGCUACCAACAUACUUAUUUAAGAAUGAAAGGUUUCUUUUAUGUGCAAACCGAUAGGUUCUGCAUAAAUGUUACUUUUGGUUAGGCUUUUGUCUGCAAGGAAUAUGAGGAAACAUGCAAUAUCAGUGACACCAAUACUGUAGUUUGUAAGACCAAGGUACAGGAGAGGAGAAUUAAAGUAAUGAAAGCAGAAUGAAGAAUUCUUGUGAACAUCUAGAAGAGUGUGCAAUCAUCAUUUUUUUUCUGUACCUUCAGUUACUGUUUUUUUUCUGGCAUUUAAUACAGCCUCCCUUUUCCUGUCUUUACAUUAUGGAAAAUCAAGCUAGUGCAGGUUGUUUCAUAGCCUGAUCAAACGUUGCAAAAUUUCAGCUUAGUUUAAAAGACUAGUUAUUGGACAGGCUUGAAUUUUAAGAGAUCAUUGGGAAACAAUGAGCAUUUAAGAUUUGCUGUUGACUCUAACAUUUAUUUGAGUGAUCCUUGUAGGAGUUGAAGAUUUUCCCCUGAAUGUAUAAAGGGGGGGGGGGGAUUAAUUGAUUCACUUUUCUUUUGAAAGUGAACCAAACUUUUAAAUCAGUGAUUCCCAACCUUUCUGGAGUUGUGACACUGUAUAUAUAACAUGGGCAAAUAAAUUUUAAAUUAGUGGAUUAAUUUUACUUCAAAAAUUUUGUAACACCCUUUGAGAUAAUGGAAUCUACAUGGGUGAUAAAACCAAGAUUACAAAGCAUUGAUCUAAAUGCCAGGUUAGUAGUAUACUGUUAUAGCCUGGCUCUGGCUGCUAAAUAUUCACAUUCUUAUUAACAUUUUAGUAUCCUCGUUGGGAGUCUUAACUUUUAUUUAGCACAGAUCUACAGAUCUAUUUAUCAGGUUAUUGCUACACGGGUGUGACUAAAUUAAGAGGGACAAGUGUGUUAAAUAUUCACUAAGGUUAUUGAUAGGUGAAAGUUUUAAGUAACACUUUAGGUGUUACCAAGUACAGACAACCAAACCAUUCUUCCUUUCCUUUGCAUUCCCUAGAAUGUGGAGGGUCUUAUAGCUAUUUAGACUUUUUAAAAUGAAGUACACCUUGAUUGAAAUAGCAAACACCUUCUAGUAAUUGUAGAGUCACCUUUUUUUUGUCUCUGUAACACUUAAUUAUUCCAGACAGUCCACCUGUCCCUGGGGUGGAGGUAGAGGUGUGCUGGAGCCAGCUCUGGCCCAGGUGGUCCAUUUUUAGUGUGAGCAUUUACACCCUGGGCCUUGGCAAGUCCUACAAAUUGGGGCUUAUGUUGAUUGUGACUUAAGGAAGUGAGGGAGAAAAUGUUAAUGAUGCAGAUUAAAUUUGAAAGUGUGCUGUGGUUUUAAGUUUUAAUUUUUUUUCUCCAAGACCCAGUUAUUAAACAUUCACCAUAACACCCUUGGGUGUGGUGGUUUAUUUUAUGUAAUUAAUAGAUAUGAAAUAGUUUCCUUGUAGGUCCUCAGCAUCCCUAACAACCAUUGCUAUUAUAUAGCUGCCAUCAGAUGUCCUAGCAGUCUUGGGCCAAUUGUUAUUAAAGCUAAUAAAUAAAUUAAUUCAGCAUAUACUCAUGAAUUUCUGAUUGUAGUUUCAUGACACCUCAGAGGUGACCUAUUGCAGCCCCCUCAUUGUACAUUUGAGGAAGAUGGAGUCAAAAGAACUAAGUGAUCUAUUUCUGGUCCAAAGGCUACACUGGACCUUGUCUGUAGUUCUCUGACUCCAAAUCACCCACAUUUCCUCCCUUCCACCUUGCCUCUCCACGGCCCCCACUGAUACCCGCUAACAGCCCUCACUUAAAUGGCAAUGUGAGCGGCAGAGGCAAAAGAAGGCAUUCCUCACAUCUCUUUUUAGGGAUGGCCUUCCAUGGCGGCAGCAGGCUGACAAAAAAAACAAGAUCAUUUUUUUUUCUACCCAAAUGUACAUUUGCUAUACUCGGACGGCUUCAGGCUUUUUGCAAGUGUUGCUAUCUGUAGCAGGAUCAGGUAAUUUUUUUUAAAAAGUCACACCAACCAAGAAAUCUAAUCACUAUAUCUACUUUGUGGUAGUUAAUGUUCCACAGUAGCUACAGUGAAGAUUUCUUUUGCAUUUCCAAGUACAAGCUGUUUGACAAGUCCAGCUGCUAACUAAGGUGACCGAAUCAUAAUCCAUUCAGAAACAUCUCUGGGUGAGCUCCCUUACUAAAAUCUUACAAACUGUCCACAUUAAUUUAGAAGCAAAAAAAAUUACUUUAAAAAUUGCACCAACUAAAUAAUGUUAUAUUUCCCCAAAUUCUUUCAAAGUUAGCCUGUUUUUUACAAACACACACACACACACAAAAUUAAGGAUGAAUGAGCCAGAUUAUCAUAGCAGACAUGUGGAAUGCAGCAGUGAAGAUUGGGAUCAGUGGUAAUUGGACCACAUAAUAAUAUUUUUUAAAAAAACUGGAAUGUUAUUAGUUUGCUAAAAUUCUGUACUAAAACAUUGCAAGCCAUGAAAUUAAUUGCACUCAUUUUUUUAAAAAAGUAUAAGUUUUAAGAAAUCAGUUUGUUGUUAAGUCACUGUCAGAUAAUGUGGAGUUGGCUAAAUUACUCCAAAUGCUGUAUAACCUGCAUAAAUAACCUUUUUUUAUCUUGAAUUCAAGUUGUAAUUGUAUGAAAAAUAUUAGUGUUUGCUAGAAAUAUUUGUUAUUGUAAAAUAUGAAGCCUAUGACACUGUCCAGUUCUUUUUUAAUAUUUUUGUUACAUUCUAUUGUUUGUAAAUAUCUUCUUAAUAUCUUGGAAAUAAACUGUAUUUCCCUA